GUACUUCCUUUUUGAUUCAGCAUUAGUUGUUGUUCUUAAAAUGGCGCCGUUAGACUUGGAUAAAUAUGUCGAGAUUGCGAGACAGUGCAAAUAUCUCCCAGAGAACGAUUUAAAGAGGUUGUGUGAUUAUGUAUGUGACCUGUUACUAGAAGAAUCAAAUGUACAGCCUGUAUCCACCCCAGUUACCGUAUGCGGAGACAUCCAUGGACAGUUUUAUGACUUAUGUGAACUCUUCAGAACUGGAGGUCAGGUUCCAGACACAAACUAUAUAUUUAUGGGAGACUUUGUGGACAGAGGCUACUACAGCUUAGAGACAUUCACGUAUCUGCUAGCAUUAAAAGCCAAGUGGCCAGACCGCAUCACACUGCUGCGUGGCAACCAUGAGAGCAGGCAGAUUACACAGGUGUAUGGAUUCUAUGGUAAGUUCUGCAGUGCAGGCUCCACAGUCUCAGCAUGGCUGCUAACAUCAUUCUGUUUUGACAUGCUGACUGUGGCAGCUUUGAUAGAUGAGCAGAUCCUCUGUGUGCAUGGAGGCCUCUCCCCAGACAUCAAGACCCUCGAUCAGAUACGCACCAUAGAGCGCAACCAGGAGAUUCCCCACAAGGGGGCGUUCUGUGACCUGGUGUGGUCUGACCCCGAGGAUGUGGACACCUGGGCCAUCAGCCCCAGAGGAGCUGGCUGGCUGUUUGGAGCCAAAGUCACCAAUGAGUUUGUUCACAUCAACAACCUGAAGCUGAUCUGCCGGGCCCAUCAGCUGGUCCACGAGGGCUACAAGUUCAUGUUUGACGAGAAGCUGGUGACGGUGUGGUCCGCCCCCAACUAUUGCUACCGCUGUGGCAACAUUGCCUCCAUCAUGGUCUUCAAGGACGUCAACACGAGAGAACCCAAGCUGUUCCGUGCUGUGCCCGACUCUGAGAGGGUCAUACCACCUAGAACAACGACUCCCUACUUCCUCUGAGUACAAGAGCCACGGUUACCCCACAACCCCCCCGUGUCAAUCCCUCCUACACACACACACCAGUUCUUCUUUUGCUUUUCUUUUCCCCUCCUUUUUUCUAUCAAAUGUUUUUUUAAGUGUUCACCAUUCUCUUAAUUGAGCUUUAUUUUAUCGCCAUUUAUCUUCCUCACUAUUACAUGUGUGGUGGAAGGUAUGGAUUCAGUGACUUUUCCUAUAGAUAGAGAUCGCAUAUUACAUGCCCAUAUAGGCAUCAUAUGAAAUGCCUCUUAUUCUGUAAGAUGAAGUCGAGUUGAGAUGAGUAUCUGCCCUUCCACAUAGGAGAGGUUAGGUGCUCCACAAGCCAAGACUUCAGUGAAUACCUAAAGUCAACCACAUUUCAUGGUGUGAUUUAAAACAAAUGACAUAAAUAAUGAUUUGUAAGUGGAGAACUGGACAUCGAUGUGGUCAAAUCCUUACUUGGCCUUUAGGCGGUUUUUCUUUUCUUUUUUAUUUAAUGUCUUACUACAUUGACAUGUCUGGGCGAGAGGUUGCACCAGAGUACUGUACUGGACUGCAGAAUGAUGAGGCACUUGGAACACUCAAGCCAGGCUUGGUUGUGUCAACAACACAUGUCCGUAACAGGAAUUCCAAACUCUUUCUUUUUGGUAGUGCAGUACUAUCUCCGUUUUAUUUCCUCCAAAAUCAGACACUCUGUGUCGGUGGACUCUCCUGUUGCUGUACUGAAAAUGGAACAGGGUUGUCAGGUAGGAGGGCAGACAGUCUCGAGGACAGAGGGCAGUGAUUAUUUUGUACAUUCAAAUAAUUGUAUUGAUUUUUCUUUUUUCGCAGAUUUGUUGUAUUUUAUUAUUGUAGAGACUGCAACCCACCUACCAUUAAAUAUUGAAAUAAAAACGCCUUUAUUAUUAACUUA